CUAAUUGUUGUGAUAAACUUAUUAAAUAGAAAAGUAUAGUGCUAACAAGCGAGUGGAGUCCAGAGACUUGAGAAGAUGGCUGGAUCUGGUGCUGGCUUUAAUGGGGCCAAUGAAUCUCUGGCCAAACAGUACUUUAAGGUGCUCGUCGUAGUCAGCGCUUACUGGGCCGUGUCUCUUUCGAUGGUGUUUCUGAACAAGUACCUCCUAAACGGGGACUCUCUCCAACUAGAUGCACCCAUGUUUGUCACAUGGUUCCAGUGUCUAGUCACUGUCAUAAUCUGCGUCAUCCUCAGAAUAGCGGCUCUGCAAAUGCCGACAUACGUAUCAUUUCCAUCCGUGGCAAUAAACAUAUCCAUAUCUCUGCAGGUGCUUCCUCUGAGUCUCGUCUUUGUGGGCAUGAUCAUGUUCAACAAUCUUUGUCUGCAGUAUGUUGGAGUCGCCUUCUACAAUGUCGGAAGAUCACUUACCACUGUUUUCAAUGUGGUGUUUUCUUUUGUAAUUCUGGGUCAGAAGACUUCUCUAUCUGCACUUGCCUGUUGUGGUAUAAUCGUGGGAGGAUUCUUCCUCGGCAUCGACCAGGAGAAGGAGUCAGUGGACAUCUCGUACAAGGGCGUGGUGUGUGGGGUUUUGGCCAGCUGCUGUGUGGCCCUGAACGCCAUCUUCACCAAGCGUGUGUUGCCAGUGGUGGACAACAGUGUGUGGCUCCUCACAUACUACAACAACAUCAACGCAUCAUUCCUCUUCUUGCCCCUCAUACUCAUGAACGGAGAGGUGGGCACCCUCAUAUCGUUUCCCUACAUUGGGUUUGCCUCCUUCUGGGCCGCCAUGAACCUGUCUGGUGUGCUGGGCAUCUCGAUUGCCUACGUGUCUGGCCUGCAAAUCCAAGUCACUUCUCCCCUCACUCACAAUAUCAGCGGGACUGCGAAAGCGUGUGUACAAACUGUGAUCGCUUGUGUGUUCUUUCAACAGAGUAAAAGCUACCUCUGGUGGACCUCUAAUUUCAUGUCUCUAGGAGGCAGCCUGGGCUACACAAGAGUGAAGCAACUGGAGAUGAAACAGCAGCAUGAAGAGAAGAAAAAAGCAAGUCCAACUUCAAAUCCUGUCUCCAGAGUCUAGUCCAAUUAUUCAUUGAAUUUUGAGCACUAUGGCCAUUUUUAUAGUAAGCACGUCUUAGCGCCGUUUUCUUAUUGCGCAUGCAUGUAUGUUAGAACCAUGCCGUAUACAGUGUAAAGAGAUCUAACAAAGAAGAUUUUUGUUUUCUCCAAGUAGAGAAUGAAACCAGAUAUUUAUGUAGGUUCUCAAUCACUAAUUGAUAUAUGAUUGGUCUUAAUUUUUCAUAACAGGCAAUCAUUCAUCUGUAUGAAACAUGGUUAAUAUUAAAAACGAACUAACAAAUGUGCUUAGUAAAAAGAUGUUUUUGG